AUGUUCUUACAACAAAAUGACUAUGUGUCAUUGUUGUGGAAACCUUUGCUAUGUUCUGAAGAAAACUAUAAUUCACUAAAAAUUGCACUUUUAAUUUUAACCAAGAUGUUAUACGAGUCAAAUAUUAAUUUUACUAUCCGUGUAGCAUAUCCCCUUCGAUAUAGAUCUGAUGGAACUCAAUUACUAAUCAUGAAAAAAGUUAAUUACCAAUCUACAAGUCCUGAUGAGCUGGCAAUUUUAGAAGCUACAAGACUUUUGGGAAUUGAAUUUUGGAAGCAUCAUCUAGAUAAACUUGAAAUAAUUUUAACAACUCAUCAAGCUAGACUAGCUGGGUUGGGUCAAAAACUAUAUAAUGAGUAUUACCAAACUUUAUUGGACAUGUAA